AUGAUCAUAUGGAACGAUACAACGCCGCAAGGCGGCUUACACUACGGCGGCUUACACUACGGCGGCUUACACUACGGCGGCUUACACUACGGCGGCUUACACUACGGCGGCUUACACUACGGCGGCUUACACUACGGCGGCUUACACUACGGCGGCUUACACUACGGCGGCUUACACUACGGCGGCUUACACUACGGCGGCUUACACUACGGCGGCUUACACUACGGCGGCUUACACUACGGCGGCUUACACUACGGCGGCUUACACUACGGCGGCUUACACUACGGCGGCUUACACUACGGCGGCUUACACUACGGCGGCUUACACUACGGCGGCUUACACUACGGCGGCUUACACUACGGCGGCUUACACUACGGCGGCUUACACUACGGCGGCUUACACUACGGCGGCUUACACUACGGCGGCUUACACUACGGCGGCUUACACUACGGCGGCUUACACUACGGCGGCUUACACUACGGCGGCUUACACUACGGCGGCUUACACUACGGCGGCUUACACUACGGCGGCUUACACUACGGCGGCUUACACUAA